CGGAGCCGGAAGCAGGAGUGUCUCCUGGAACCUUUAGGGGUGACUGGUGCAGUUCUAGAGGAGAUCAACCCUGACCGCUCUUUAGAAGGCCAGAUCCUGAAGAUGAAACUGAAAUACUUUGGCCACCUAAUGAGAAAGAAGGACUCACUGGAGAAGAGCCUAAUGCUGGGAAAGAUUGAGGGCAAAAGAAGAAGGGGACGACAGAGAACGAGGUGGCUGGAUGGAGUCACUGAAGCAGUUGGCGUUGGGAAUAUGAGGCAGUUUGUGCCUCUGAAAGUCUUCCCUUUACAAAGGCAAGAAGAAUCAAGUAGUAAAGAUGAAUAAGUGGCCUUGUUAAAUUCAUCCUUACAAAUAAAUUUCUGGUCCUGAGAACAAAAGAAUAAAAUCGCACACCUGAGAACGAAAGAAGCUUUAAAGACUUCCGCUUUUGGGGAAUUGCAGUUGAGCCCAGAAGGAAAAUGAACAGAGGAAGAACGGCUUGGGAAGGACCGGCACUUUGUGGUUCUCUUCAUGUAGAAGGCAGUGCGAUAAUUCAAGAAAAAGCAGUAUUGAAGAUCCAGAAUGAAGAAACCGUCAGUUUCCAUGUAAACAGACGACCUUUCAGGGAGCUCAGCUAUCAGGAUGCUGAGGGUCCCCGAGGACUCUGCAGCCGCCUGCACCACUUUUGCAAUCGAUGGCUGAACCCAGAAAAGCACACAAAAGCCCAGAUGCUGGACAUGGUGGUCCUGGAGCAGUUCCUGGCCAUCAUGCCACCGCAAAUGGGGAACUGGGUGCGGGAAUGCGAACCUGAGACCAGUUCCCAGGCCGUGGCCCUGGCUGAAGGCUUCCUCCUGAGCCAGGCAGAGGAGAAGGACCAAGAAGAGAUGCAGUUGCAGGUGGAGGCGUCCUUCCUGGGGUUAAUCACUGAGUUUCCUGAAGCAAGAAGGGAUCCAGUAAAUCUUUGUCAGGACAAUUUCCUUGGGGGAAUCUCUCCAAAGGAUCUAAAUCAGGACUUGUCACCAGAGAACAGAGUCAUAUACCAGGUGGUGGUAGGAGAAACAUCUCCUCUUUCUGGUGAAGCAGAGACCAACGUUGGGCUUCCAGAGCAGGGUCCCGUAUCCUUCAAGGAGUUGUUUGUCUUCUUCACCAAGGAGGAGUGGGACCUGCUUGAUCCCAAACAGAAAGCUUUGCAUUGGGAAGUCAUGCUGGAGACCUCCUGGAAUGUAGCUUCUCUGUGCAAUGAGCAAAAGAAUGAGAUUUACCAGGAACCAGAAGACCCGCCUUUACAGGUUUUUAAGGUUAAAGUGGGAGAAGAAACCUUCCAAAAUCAAUGGCAACGAAUAAAUGAAGAUGGAAUCCAAUUAAAUGAUCAACAGGAAAUAAAUCCUCCCCCUUUAUGUCUGGAAAUCUAUGAUUUGCUGACCCAAGAUGAUCUUAAUAGAAAAAGGAUGGGGCGGUAUUUAGACUUUGAUAAAAUAUUUGAAGAACAAUCGAACUUCACUCAUCCAUGUGAAUGGACACCGGAAAGGAACCAGUAUGAUGAGAAUUCCCUAUCUUAUUGGGGGGAUGAGAUGGACAAAAAAACAUUAGAAUGUAAGGAUUAUGAAAACAACUUCAACUACCUGCCCAAACCUAUUCCCCACGAAAUGAACCACAUCGAAGAGAAUCCAUACAAAUGUAUAGUUUGUGAAAGGAGCUUUGCAAGGAAUGACAGACUUAUCACUCAUUUAAGGAUUCAUACAGGGGAGAAACCAUACAAAUGCACAGAGUGUGGAAAGUGCUUCACAAGGAAUGAUAAACUUAUCGCCCACAUUAGAGUUCAUACAGGGGAGAAGCCGUAUAAAUGCACAGAGUGUGGAAAGAGCUUCACAAGGAACGAUAAACUUGUCAACCAUAUCAGAAUCCACACAGGGGAGAAACCGUAUGAAUGCUCAGAGUGUGGAAAGCGAUUCAGAAAGAGUACAGAUCUUACUGCCCAUAAAAGGAUCCACACAGGGGAGAAACCCUAUAAAUGCACAGAGUGUGGAAAGAGCUACAGUCACUCUAGUAAUUUGAGUACCCAUAAGAGUAUUCACAAAAAGGAGAAACCACAUAAAUGCAUGGAUUGUGGAAAGAGCUUCAUAAGGAGCACAGAUCUUACUUCCCAUAAAAGGAUCCACACAGGAGAGAAACCACAUCAGUGCAAGGAGUGCAGAAAGAGCUUCGCUCACUAUAAUACACUUGCUUCCCAUAAAACCAUCCACACGGGGGAGAAAUCAUAUAAAUGUAUGGAAUGCGGAAAGAGCUUCAGAACAAACAGUUCUUUAACGUCCCACAAAAGGAUCCACACAGGCGAGAAGCCAUAUAAAUGCAUAGAAUGUGGAAGUAGUUUCAGGACAAGCAGUUAUCUUACUUCCCAUAAAAGAAUUCACACGGGGGAAAAACCCUAUCAGUGCCCGGACUGUGGAAAGAGCUUCAAUCUUUCUAGCACCUUUGCUUUCCAUAAAGCGGUCCAUACAGGGGAGAAACCCUAUCAGUGCCUGGACUGUGGGAAGAGCUUCAAUCAUCCUAGCACCCUCACUUCCCACAAAAGGACCCACACAGGAGAGAAACCCUAUCAAUGCACAGAGUGUGGAAAGAGCUUCAGUCACCCUAGCACCCUCACUUCCCACAAAAGGAUCCACACAGGAGAGAAACCUUACCACUGUGUAGAGUGUGGAAAGAGUUUCAACCACUCUAGCAAUCUUGCUUCCCAUAAACGGAUCCACACAGGGCAGCGGAAAUAUAAGUGCCUAGCAUGUGGAAAGGGUUUCACUCAAAGUUCUCACCUUAUUUCCCAUCAAAAAAUCCACAGCGAGGAUUAAAUGCACGAUCAAUAAUAUUAUGCAUUUAAUAAUAUUAUGCACAAUAAUUAUAUAAAUCCGUUAAGAACUUGCAUUUUGGCGAUCUGAUCUGAUCACCCAUGAAGGAAAGUGCAUGGAAAAAAUUAUUGGGGUGUGUGACAAUUCAUUUUAGUUUCCCCCAGAAGGUGGUAUUUGCAUAACCCAAUACCCUACUAAUUUUUUUAUUUUUUUAUUUUUUAUUUGCAUUUAUAUCCCGCCCUUCUCCGAAGACUCAGGGCGGCUUACACUAUGUCAAGCAAUAGUCUUCAUCCUUUUGUAUAUUAUAUACAAAGUCAACUUAUUGCCCCCAACAAUCUGGGUCCUCAUUUUAUCUACCUUAUAAAGGAUGGAAGGCUGAGUCAACCUUGGGCCUGGUGGGACUUGAACCUGCAGUAAUUGCAAGCAGCUGCUGUUAAUAACAGACUGUCUUACCAGUCUGAGCCACCAGAGACCCUAUUUGUGAUCACACCUGGCUUUUGAAGGUGAGUAAUAUCCUAUCUUUCAAAAACUGGUUGUGCUCAGGAGGAAAUCAAAAUUUGAUUUUCAAGCGGUAUGAACAUUAGCAUAUUAAGUAUACUUUAUACAUUUUCUCCCUAGUAUUUUUAAUGAUUUCUCUUUUCAUGUUAAGAGUUGCAGGCUGUUGAUCAACCUUACAAGUGACUUUGAAUGCCACCUCCGAAUUUUCCAAGGGCCUCUCUUGGGCCUUUCUCUCCCUAUGAACUCUCAGAUGAAACGUUUGAUUCUGGUUUGAAUUUCUUUUAUUUUUUCUUCCCAAGCAAUGUAUCAAUUAUUUUAUACAUACAAUUGUAUGAAAUAUUUUAUUAAACAUAAAUACAAACCUAAUAGAAACUAAUAUAAAGUUAAAAAAAGAAAACAAAUCAAAGAGAAAGUUAAAAGUGCAAGAACAGAACAAAGUAAAAGAAAAACUGAAAAAAUAUACAAAGGACUAGCUUCCUCUUUUUUCCUCCCUAUUCUCACUCCUUCCUUCUCUUCUUCCUAUCAUGUUGGUAAAUGGGUACUGUCUGAUGGGGACAGGAGUGAGGCAGUGUAUAAGAGGCCAAAAGCAGAGGAAUUGAGGGAGGGUGCAUCAUUUUUCCAUUGAUCUCCCUGCAAGCUUCCCGUAAGCAAAAAUUUUGCUAGUGGGAAGAAGACAAGGAAUGUCAGCUAUCAUAUCCGUUCCUUCGAAGCUACCUGUGGACUUGUGGGAAGCUGUUGGAAUAUUGAAAAGGAAGAUCAUCUUACCACAGCUGACCAUGGCAGCACUGAACAGCAGCGUAAUGGCGCUAAAAUGGCAAAAACUUCCCCCAAAUUUCAUUCCCUACGAAGUAAUGGGUCCUGGCAUUCUGUAAGUUAUCCCAUUUGAGGGAUCCUUUUUGACAAAAUUUUUGGCCUGUGAUGCAGCUUUUCACCCGGUUGAAGGUUACAAAGUGUCAGACACGAGAGUUUUAGAAGUAUGCUAGACUGUUAAAAUGGGUGUGAUCACUUAGCGGUUAAAGACACCGGGCUUGUUAGCUGGAAAACUGACAGCCAGGGUUCGAGACCCCGAUGGUUGCACAAUAGGGGUGAGCUCUCAUUGAUUGCCCCAGCUCCUGCCCACCUAGCAGUUUGAAAGCACGCAACUGUGAGUAGAUUAAUAGAUAACACUUCAGUAGGAAGGUAACGGCGUUCCGUGCGCUUUUGGCAUAUAGCCAUGCUGGCCACAUGACCAAGGAAAAUGUUCAGAAACAGAGAUGGGCACCCGGCCCUAGAGUUGAACACAACUGCACAGGGAAACCUUUACCUUUUUUUUAGACUUAUCGGUUGUGUCAUAAUUUCAGAGAAAUUUUCUUACGUAAACACAGAAACUGAAUGACAAAACUAUGGGCAAAAGAGCAGUGGGUGUGAUUUGUAACUUCCUGCUAGCUUGACUGCGUCUGACUGCCCUCCAGCAAUCAAUGGUGGGACCAGUUCAUCUGGCAUCCAGUGGACUAAAUUUCUAGAUGGCAAAGGCCAACACCGAUGCCACCACAAAUCUUUCAAAUUUCAAUCCUACAGGUGCCUGAAUUUUGAAUACAUUCUGUAAUGUAAGUUAGCUCAUUUGGGGAACCUUGGUUUAAAAAGUUUUGUCCUACCACGCACCAUUUUGACCAGUUACAGGUUACGGACACGAGAGUUUUUGUAGUAUAUACAUAGGUUUAGGUUUAUUAGAUUUCUAUACCGCCCUUCUCCCGAAGGACUCAGGGCGGUUCACAGCCAGCAUAAAAACUGAAUUCACAAUAGUCAUAAAUAAAUUAAAAAUAAUAUAAAAAUUAAUUAAAUUUUGGCUAACAAUUAAAUAUCGUUAAAAUCAAAUAAUAAAACCCCAAUUAAAAACAACACAUUAGGCCAGCCCUGCACGAUGAAACAAUAGGGUCUUGAGCUCGCGUCGGGAGGUCUGGAGGUCGGGGAAUGAUCGUAACCCUGGAGAAAGUUCUCCCCCUGGGGGUCGCCAGCCGACAUUGUUUGGCUGACGGCACCCUGAGGAGACCCUCCCUGUGAGAGCGCUCCCCAAAACCAUAAAUGUCUUUUCUCUGAUUAAAGAAGUCAAUUUGGUCAUCUCAGAAGUUCCAUCAUUUUCAUCAACCAUUCUAUUGUAGAUAAUCCUGAAACUUUCCAUCUUUAUGUACAUAAUAGUCCUGCUGCAGUUCCCGUGUAAAAAAAAAAAAAAUUCCAUGACUUUUUCCACUUGUUUGUAGAUCAUUCCUGAAAGAAAUACCUGUGGUUUGUUGUAUAUUAAUUGUUAAAAAAUUCUGAAUUAGUAUAUGUAUAUGGAUCCAAUAUUUUCUAGAUUUCUUACGUGUCCACCAAAGAUGAUAAAAUGUUUUUUGCUUGUUCAGAUUUCCAACAUAAUGAAGUGCCUUCAUACAUUCUAAACCAUUUCUGGUGACAAACCAAUGAUACAUUAUCUUAUAAAAAUAUUAAUAUUAUAACAAUGUAAAUUUCGAUUCUUUGAACCAUAUUUUCCCCUCGUAUCAUCUAUAUUGUAACCAAUAUUUUUAGCCCACUUUAUCAUGUUUUUUCACUUGUUCUUCCAUUUCAAAUUUCAAUAAAAGUUUGUACAUUUUAGCAAUUACACGUUCAUCAUUAGUGCACUUCUGUAUUUCAAACUCAAUCUUAGAAUAUUCUUUAAUAAAUUCUUUUGUGCACUUUAAACCAUUCUCUUAAAAAGCAUUUUUCCUCAAUGUUUCAUAAAAUUAGCUUUAGGAAUCAUUAUUCCCAUAUGUCUUGCAAUUUGCUUGCCCUGGGUUUCCUAUUUAAAAUUGGCUGGCCUAUGAAUUUAUUUCAAAAUGACAGAAAAAUUUUAAAAGUGCAAGAGGCCCUGUAUAGCCAAUUUGUUUAUGCAGAUUAAAGAUGAUAGUGUUUGAUGAAUGUUCAUAAUGUUGCCUUUUUAAACAUAAUGAUUAUGAUUAAUUACAGGUAGUCCUUGAUGUCAGGGUUCCAAGGAACACCCCCAACGAAAUAAAGCUCUGAGGCUUGAGGUUCCUCAAAGUUCCAAUUUAUUAGAGAUGUCAUGUAGGCACAGCUGGGAAAACCCGAAACUGAAAGCUUCCAGGUUUUCCACACCCAGUUGACAGUUCACAGUCCUGCCCCACCCCAACAAGUUCAUUACAUUGUCCAAUCAACUCUUCACACUCAAUUGGAUAAUAUCUUCAGGCAAUCUCCAUCAGACGCAGGAUGUCCUUGAAUACAGAAUAUUGUUAUGACUAACUUUCUACCUCUCCAACAACCCUCUCACAACUUCCCCAGCUAAAAUAUGUGGCAGUUAAGAAGCAAAAAAAAAAAAUCCUUCCAAAACUUGACACUUGACUUACAACCAGAAUUGUGGUUGUAAGUUGAGGGACUCACAUGACCGGAAGUAAUUUUCCAGCCUUUUUCACUGUAGUUAAGUGAGCACGUCGGUCAUUAAGCAAACUCAUUCAUGUAGUUAUGUGAUUGUUAGGGGAGGGCAGCAGACCAUUUACAAUGGCCGAAGGUGCUUUAUGGGGUAUAAGGAACUCAUUCUGUGGCUGUCAUAACUUUGAAUAGUUGUUAAAACAACUAGUUGCUAAGUGAGAACUAUUUUAAUAUAGGUAAUUUAGGAGGAGAAUUCAGAAAUGAAUAGGAUAUAGAAAAGUCUUCCAACACUGUAGUGACUUAAUUACAUACAAAGAAAAGUACAGAUAGCCCUCAACUUUUUAUUUGCUCCUGUUGGAAGAAAUGUUCAUCUGGGUUCAGUUCCAAGUAGGGAGGAAGACGCUGGAAAUAUGGAGGCUCCUUGGAAGGAUGGUUUAAUGGUGAACAGGGCCACAUGGGUUUGAAGUCCUGGAUAGCUGACCACAUGGACUGGUGAGUGAGUGUUAUUGAUACCCUCUCUUGGGCUUUGAACUUGAGCUUCCUGUUCCUGUGGCAAGGGCAUGUGUCCUAUUGAUUGCAGACUCCCAUGUGGAGUCAUGUUUGUCUGAAUCAAGUCUGAUUGAACCUUGCUGGGUGAUGCAAUGAAGGGGCUUGGUUGUGCCAUGUGGUGAGCUCUGCUGAUAGAUAAUCUUAUUAUGUCCUGGAGGGUCAUGUCUUAAUCCCAUCACCCUGGAGCUGAGGUCUUUUGUUUUGUAGAUAGGCUGGCCCAGUCCUCAAUGGGCACCAAAUAUCUGCUGGGGCAAAGAGCUGGGGCUGAGUUUCUGUCUCCAAGAGCAUGCCUCUCAAUUUCUCAUCCAGGGAAAUAUAAUAUUCUGACUUUUUAAUAUUUCCCAAUCCUCUUCACUCCCAAUCCUCUUUAGAAGCUCUCUGAACUGUUGGAACCUCAGAAUAAACAUAGAGUCCUAAUCCUUAAGACUUGCACUUCACUGGCUCCACCAAAGAAUCCCCUGAAUAGAAUAGAAUAGAAUAGAAUAGAAUAGAAUAGAAUAGAAUAGAAUAGAAUAGAAUAGAAUAGAAUAGAAUAGAAUAGAAUAGAAUAGAAUUUUAUUAGCCAAGUGUGAUUGGACACACAAGGAAUUUGUCUUGGUGCAUAUGCUCUCAGUGUACAUAAAAGAAGGAACAUAGAGAUGUGCUAUGUUCCUUCUUGCUUCAAACGCUCUACCAUCAUCCCAGUGCCGAAGAAGCCCACCAUCAAGGAACUGAAUGACUACAGACCAGUUGCUCUAACAUCUGUAGUCAUGAAAACCUUUGAAAGGCUAGUGCUUUCCUACCUGAAAACCAUCACGAAUCCGCUCUUAGACCCCUUGCAAUUUGCAUACCGAGCAAAUAGAUCAACAGAUGAUGCUGUUAAUAUGGCUCUGCACUACAUCCUACAACAUCUUGAGUCUCCAAAGACCUAUGCAAGGGUCCUUUUUGUAGACUUUAGUUCAGCAUUCAAUACCACCAUUCCAGACAUUCUUCUAACUAAGCUAAACCAGCUACAGGUACCGGAACAGACUUGUAAGUGGAUCACAAGCUUCCUAACAAACAG